AUGUUCGCAGUUUUAAUCUUCACAUCAACACUGUUCAUCAUCUCAGGAUCUACUUUAAAGUGUUAUGAAGGUUCCCGAGGAAUUGUCAAGGGCAAGGAUUUGUCAAAUUUCGUACAAAACCAAUGUGAUGACAAUAUGACCUACUGUUUCGAAUCUUACAAUUCAAAUCUGACAGAAGUCACUGCAAGCUGUCAAAGUAUGGGAACCGAUACGAAAUUGUUGGAAGUGUGUAAGAUGGAUGGAAAAUGCAAAGAACGUUCUGAUAUCGACGUGACCGUAUGUUGCUGUACAUCAGACCUGUGUAAUCUUCAAGAUGACUUGAAACCAACUCCAGAAACGCCUGAAGUUGAUGGAAGUACUGAUUUUGAGCAGAAUUCGACGGAAAUUCUGGUGACGUCAUCAGAAUCCGAAAUAAAAGAUAAAUUCGUGGAAUUGAAUGAGACAAUGGGACUGGAAGCUGAACUGAAUAGUACUAUUGGUGGACUUUAACAUAUUUUUGACUUUUUGAAAUUUAAAUUUUGAAACAGUAAAAUUAUUUCUUAUCCUUGAAACCUUUUUCUUUUUUAAUGUUUUUUGCUCCUUUUCUGUUGUCUUUUCAUCCGGGUUCAAAUCAAUUAUUUCUGUAAUUUAAUGGCUUUCGCAUCAACUUUGAUUUGACCAAUUUUUGAUUCGGGUUUUGAUUUCUUGAAUAAAUGUGCUUGACAAAAUAAU